AGUUUGUGUUCGCAGACUGAGCGAUUGAAGCCAUGGCAGCUCCUGACCUGCUGAAAACGCUUCUGUUCACUAUCAAUAAUCUUCUGCAGCAGGAAAAACAUAAAGCGGCUCUGGCGGUUUUGAAGGGAUUCCGAAACGGCGUCGUAUAUGGGGCUAAAAUCAGAGCCCCACACGCCUUGGUGAUGACAUUUCUCUUCAGAAGUGGCAGUUUGAAGGACAAGCUUAGGGCCAUUUUGAAGGCAACUUACACCCAUUCCCGCAACCUGGCAUACUUUGUGUUCACAUACAAAGGACUUCAGGCCUUGCAGCAGAAGAUGCAGGGAAAGAGUUUGCAGUCUCACUCCUUUCUAGCUGCCUGUGUUGGUGGAUGGUUAGUGUUCGGCGAUAACAACAGCAUCAAUAGCCAGAUCAACAUGUACUUGCUGUCCAGGAUCCUGUUUGCCCUGUCUAAACUGGCUGUAGAGAAAGGAUUUAUCCCCCGGCCUAAACACGACCCUUUCCCACUCUUUGCCACCCUUGUGUGGGGCAUCGUUCUGUGGCUGUUUGAGUAUUACCCACACACCCUCCAGCCCUCACUACAGUCCUCCAUGAACUACCUCUACCAUGACAGCAAUGUGUGGCACGACAUAACAGACUUCCUUGUUUAUAACAAGCCAAGGACUCCUGCUCCUAACUGAAGCUUUGUAUUUAUUCUAGUAUGGUGUUCACCCAAGUACAAUAAUACAUUAAUAUAUGUUAUUGUUAGAUUUUUAAGAAAGGACCUGAUUCAGCACUAUCAAACAGUCUCAUAUAAGUGCAAUGAGGAAACUAAUUAAAAAAAUCAGAGUAGUGAAAUAAAACAAAUUGAAUAACAAAAAACAAAACAAAAAUAUGAAUGAAUGAAUGAAUUAAAUAAAUAAACAGCAAGAAAGUCAUGGACCAUUUUAAUAAAAAAGGAUGCCUCACUGUUGGUCUGUGCUGGAAGCCUCUACUUGAAGAUCUUAUGGUUUUCAAUGGUUUGCGGGACAGAAGCAAGUAAAAGCAUCUAAAAUGUAUUAAUGAAGCAGAGAGGAACACACGGGCAGAGAGUUUAAGGACUCGUUCAGACCUGGUUAUCAUCAUCAUUUCUGAGUGAGACAGCAGUAACUACAGCUGUUUACACCUGACAUUAAAAUGCAUCAUGGAUGAAUCUCCCAUGACCACAUGCAGUCAGAUUUAGCUUCUCUCACUUGCUUCAAAAUUCACACCAACACUAUGUAUAUACAGCGAGUCAGACUGUACAGAUGGGUCCAUUGUUAGUGUGUUUAUGUUUGCUGGUGUGUGUGUGUGUGUGCGCAGGCAAGUUACAGGUGCUGAGGAGGACUUAAAUGAAAUGACUACUCAAUGAAAACAAGAAGCAGGAUCUUAACUAUUAGAAAAAAGAAACCAUAUAAAGAUCAGAAUGUGUUCAGAAUGAAUUUAACCUCAUCAUUCAAACCUGUGCUUUCUGAAUGGGGCCUUAAACUUGUAUAAUUCUGGUCUUAGUUUUAGAUUUAAAAUGAUUGUAGUUGAGAAAUACAUGAUGCUCUUUUCAUGGUGGAACAUCACAAUACAAUAUUCAGUCCUGCAGAGGUGAGAGGUGUCUGCGUCUUGUAUUACCAGAAGAGGAAUAUUAACAAUAUUCUAGGGUUUUGAAUGUUGGUUUUAUUGUUUGAUUAUAGCCUGAAGUACUAUGGCAAAAUGUUUUGAUUCAACUCUUUGUCUUGGGUUAGUCUUGUUUGUCUUGUGUCUUGUUUGACACUGAAUAUCCACUAAGGAAAUACACCAGCAUCAUGUCACUAUUGUUAUUUGACAAAAAACAACUUCAAAUUCUGAUGUUGUUACUUGAUAAUUUCACUUCGUUUGAUUGUGGGAACUUUGAUUUUUACAAGUGUGUCAGUAAAUAGAAAGCAAAAAAACGUUUGAUGCAAUCUGUUUUCAACGUGCAGGGACACAAUUAUGUUAAUAUCAGCAAUACUACUAUCAACCAAUUUGGUUAAAUAAUAAAAACAACUGCAUUCUUUUGUAUAA